AUGGCGCGUCGCUCUGUGGCCGCACUCUGCCGCUCGCUCGCGCUCUCCACGUGGCUGCUCUCCUUUUGUUUUGUGCACUUCCUGUGUCUGGACUUCACGGUGGCGGAGCGCGAGGAGUGGUACACGGCGUUUGUGAACAUCACGUAUAGCGAUCCAGCGAGCGCAGAACUGCGCACGGAGAAGACCGAGUGCGGCCGAUACGGCGAACACUCGCCCAAACGCGAUGCCCGUGGAACGCUGCUGCUGCCCGGGGGAGUGGGCGGAGCCACUGCCUGCGACCCGCGCCUGGCUCCGCCCCCUGUUGGACCCUGGGUUGCCCUGGUUGCACGGGGAAAUUGUACAUACAAAGACAAGAUCCGACACGCAGCGGCCAUGAACGCCUCUGCGGUGCUAAUCUACAACGUGGGCGCGGCGAACGCCAACGACACCAUCACCAUGCCACACCCAGGCACGGGCGAUGUAGUUGCCGUCAUGAUCCCGGAGCCCAAAGGUCGGGAGCUCGCCGCACUGCUGCAGAAGAACGUAUCGGUUGCCGUGGUGAUCUCCAUCGGCACCAGGAACCUGCAGAAGUACGUGAGCCGCACGUCGGUUGUGUUUGUGAGCAUCAGCUUCAUUGUCCUGAUGAUCAUAUCGCUUGCCUGGCUCGUCUUCUACUACAUCCAGAGGUUCCGAUACGCCAACGCGCGCGACCGUAACCAGCGCCGCCUGGGGGACGCAGCCAAAAAGGCGAUCUCUAAACUGCAGCUCAGAACCAUACGAAAAGGCGACACAGAGACGGACGCUGACUUCGACAACUGCGCAGUUUGUAUUGAGGGAUAUAAGGCCAAUGAUGUAGUGCGCAUCCUGCCCUGCAGACACCUGUUCCAUAAGAGCUGUGUGGACCCCUGGCUCCUGGACCACCGCACCUGCCCCAUGUGCAAGAUGAACAUCCUGAAGGCCCUGGGCAUCGCGUUAAACGCAGACUGUCUGGACGAGCUUCCCCUGGACUAUGACAUCGCUCUUGGGGGCGUGGCUCUGGAAGUGGUCGGUCCUUUGGGCGGCUCCAGUGACGGGUCGGCAAGCGAGGGCGGAGCUUCCUUGGUGUUUGAACCGGGCGUGGCCAUGUCGUUUGACCCGGGCGUGCGGCGCAUGGAGCUCCCACAGGACCACGAGCCCGAAACGCUACGAGAGCGCCACCGCAACAGCCCCGUGACGGUCACCACGGAUACAUGCACAGAGUCAAUUGCGUCACUUGUUGUUGCCGUGGAGACGGGUCUGUCCGAUGAGGAAGCCGCCGUGGAGACGAGCCAUUUCCACGACCGGCCAUGA